GUCGAACAAAAUGUCUGACCGCAAAGCUGUGAUUAAAAAUGCUGAUAUGUCAGAGGAGAUGCAGCAAGAUGCAGAUAUUGCUGCAUACAUCAAAAAAGAAUUUGAUAAGAAGUACAAUCCUACGUGGCAUUGCAUUGUAGGACGUAACUUUGGCAGCUAUGUGACUCACGAGACCAGGCAUUUUAUCUACUUCUACUUGGGGCAGGUGGCAAUCCUGCUUUUCAAGAGCGGGUAGAUGUGCUAUCCGUCCUGGAUCCACUAAACUCAUUGCCAUGUGGGGAGGGGAAGACAAGCAUUCAUACAUUCAAGCAUUCAUUGUUCUCUUCUGACUUUGCUAACCAUAUGUAGUUUCUUUAAAAAUCAAGAAGUAUCCAGAGAAAAAUUCGUAGGGGGUGGGUGGGAAAUUAUGCUUAGUCUUCACUCAAUUUUGAAUCCGACCAAGUUUAUUUUCUUUUUUCUGCUCUGGAAAAGAAAUUGGAAGUCAAGCACCCCCUGAAAUUGCUACAGUAUUGACAUUGUUCCGAUAUUUCAAAUGUAAAUGUGUGUGAAUGUUUCCAUAUCCACCUAAAUAAAUAUUUUUGUUGUUACAAUUGAUGGAGAGAAAUCGUGAUGUAUAAUUUGUUAAUGGUGGGAGCAAGAUAGUGUUUGAUUCUUGAGCAUUGUACUGAAAGCAGAGUAUUGACUCAAAACUGCUGAAAAAUGAUUUGUGCAGCUUUGUU